GGGGCGGGGCCGCGGCGGCACCGGGACCCACCGGACGGGAGGGGACAGGGCCCGGCCCCGGGGACGGAGCCCACCGGGGUUCGGCCGUGCCCGGUGAGGCCUCGCCCGGAGCGGCACCGGCACCGGGAGCGGCACCGGGAGCGGCACCGGGAGUUGUACGGGGAUCAGCACCGGGAGCAGCACCUGGAGCAGCCGCCGCGUCCCCCCGGGACCCUCCCGGUGCCAUGAAGGAGGACCGGGAGCGCCCCGCCGCCCUGGGGUACGGCGUCACCAAACCCGACAUCCUGGCCGAGGUGGAGCGAGGGGAGACGGAGGCGGCGACGGCGGGGCACUACGGGCAGCACCGGAGCCCCCGGCCACGUACGGCGCCCACCGGCCCCCCCCAGGGUGAGCGGGUCCCGGGAGGGACCGGGGGACGGGGGAUCCCGCCAAACCGGAGGGCUUGGUCCCGCGGGACCCCUGGUGAGGGGCCGGCUCCCCAACACGCUCCUGUCUCCGCAGGGACGGAGGUGAAGAGCGAGGAGGGGGUGUCCCCGCCACCCGCGUCCCCCCCGUCCCACCGCACCGGCCCCGGCUGCAGCUUUUGUGGUGUCCCGGAGCCCAGACUGAACCCCGGUGCCAGUAACGGGGGGUUCCUGGCCCCGCCACCCCCCCUGGAGACCCGGUGCCGCCGCUCGGCCGAGCCACCGCUCGAGUGCACCGAGUGCGGCCGCGGCUUCUACGGGCACAAACCGGACCUGGUGCGGCACCGGCAGGCGCACGGCGGGGACGGCGGCUACGCCUGUGGCCGCUGUGGCAGGGGCUUCGCCGAGCCCGUGGGGCUGGGGGGGGCGAGCAGCCCCUGCCGCGCCCCUCCCGGCACUGGCCGCUCCCCGGGGACGGCGGAAGGGGGAGCGGCGGCGGCCCCCCCCCCAAAGGAGCGGAAGGAGCUGUCGCUGCCGGAGAAGGUGCGGGUGCUGGAGAUGCUGGAGGGCCCCAAGGUGUCUCAGAGCGAACUGGCCAAGCGCUUCGGGGUGUCGCAGCCCCAGAUCUGUCGCAUCAUCAAGAACAAGGAGCGGAUCCUGAGCGAGUGGCACCGCAGCGGCCAGCCCGAGCACAAACGCAAGCGGGAAGGGAAGGAGGACGCGGCCCUCGAGGCCGCCCUGCUGCGCUGGGUGGAGGGCGCCCGCACCACCGACCUGCCCGGCACCGGCUCCCUCCUCCAGCUCAAAGCCAAACACCUCGCCCAGGCCCAGGCCCUGGGCCAACCCGACCCCCCGCCCGGCGGCGGCUGGUUGGCACGUUUCGGGGCUCGGCAGGGCAAGAAGCCGCCGGCAGAGAAAGGGGACGCAGAGCAGCCCACGGCCGAGUGCUGGGCUGGCGCGGUGCUGCCCGGCCUCCUCCGCAGCUACGCGCCCUCCGAGAUCUACGUCUGCGGGGAGACGGGGGUCCCGCUCCCCACCGGCUCCCCCGGGAAGGGGGAGAGUGCCGGCGACCGGCUGGCACUGCUGCUCUGCGCCAACGCCGACGGCUCGGAGAAGGUCCCGCUGCGGGCGGUGGGGGAGAGCCCCCGGCCACGUUGCCUUCGGGGCGUCAACCUGGGGCAGAUGCCCUGGAGCUACCGCGGCGGCGGCGGCGUGGCCGGGGUGACGGCCCCCCUCUUCGCCGAGUGGCUACGGGAGUUCAACGAGGGGAUGCAGCGACGGGGGAAGAGCGUCCUCCUCCUCCUCGCCAAGGAGGAGGCGCGCCCCUACCUCCAGCUCUCCAACGUCAGGAUGGUCUUCGUCCCGCCGGCCAUCACCUUGGAUGGCGGCAUCGCCAACGACCUCAAGGGCCACUACCGGCGCCGGUGCCUGCGGUGGCCGCCGGCGGAGCGCGGCGCGGGGCAGCCCACCCUCCUGGAUGCCCUGCACACGCUGGCACAAGCCUGGGGCGACGUGCGCCCGGGGCUCAUCGCCAGCUGCUUCCGUGCCGCCGGCUUCAGCCCCGAUGCCGGCCCCGAGGCCCCGACCCUCACCCCGGCGUCCGGCCCGCUCGGCCAGGAGGAGCUGGGACGUGACGGGGAGCCGGCAGAUGGGGACGAGGGGACAUCGGAGGGCGAGGAGGCGGGAGAGCCGGUGCAGCCCUGCCCCACGGAACGGGAGGUUUGGGGGAGCCUGGCCACGCUGCGGCGGUACCUGGAGUGCCGGGCCACCUCACCGGACCUCUUCCAAGCCUUCUACGAGCUGGAGGACGCCGUGCACAUGGUGGCGGCCAUCACUGGGCCAGCCCUGAUGGGGGACACCCCUCUCCAGCAGUGAGCAGAGGGGUCAGACCUGUGCUGGUGACUGGAGCUCAUCGGGGCCGUCACUGGACUGGCCUGGCCACCGUCCCCCGGCGGUGGUGGCAGUGCGGGCUGAGUUGUGCCGUGGGGUUUGCCGUGGGUCUGCGUGGUGCGGGGGCAAAGUGGGGAGCACCGUGCCCUGGGGGCUGCGGAGCCACCACCGCUUGAGGUGUCCCCCCUCGGGGCAGUGCCAGGGGCUGGUGACACGGAGCCGCUGCCAAAACCUUCUCCCUGGGGGGUGGCAUCUGGAGCCCCCGGGAGCCACCGUGGAGGGGAUUCGCCCUGA